AAGGAGAGAGAGAGAAAGAGAGAGUGAGAGAAAGAGUGAGUGAGCACAAGAGAGAGACAUACAGUGAAGCGAAGGGACACAAACAGAAGAAAACAAGAAAAAGAGAGAACGAGAGAAAAAGAGAGAACAAGAGAAAGAGAGAGAGCGAUAGAAAGAGAGAGAGGCAGGAAGGGCGAGCCACAUAGGAAGUGAGUGGGCUGGCAGUACCAGCAUCCUCAGCAUCCUACUAAGACACACAGGUCAGUAUGAGCGUAUCCAGCAGUGGCACUGCACUGGGGCAGCAGGUUUAUCCGUUCCAUGACGGUUGGAACAUCGCCUGCUUCAUCAUCCUCCUGCUCUUCAUCCUCACGGUCCUGUCCCUCGCCACACUGGCAUUCCUCUACGAGCUGCUGGACUGCGGCUGCUUCGCCAAGACCAAAACCAACCGCGACAGACGCAGCCAGAGCGAGGAGGUAGUGUAGACAAUACAGACACAACGGCAGGAGAGGAAAGCAGGCCAACAGCAUGACUAAUGAACCGGGAGAAGCGGCGCUAUCAUGGAAUCAUGAGAUAAGAGACAGACUGGACAGUAUUCAGUGGACUGUUUGAGCUCCUGUUAACCAAUAAAUGUACAAGUCUGUAAAAACAGAA